UGCGGAUUUGGGCCCGGCGGGCAGAGAGCGUAUGGGCUCCAUCUGUCCUGCUUGCGCAUUGAAUUGCCAAAGCGCCUGCAGCGGCGAAGGGAGCACAGAGACUCCCAUGGCUCCAAGUGCAGGUGAUGAGGCCUUCUUCAACAAGUUCUCCCGGCAAAAUGCCGCCUUUGGUGCAGAGGUGACCAUGAAGAUGACCAAGAUGAAGAUUUUGGUGGUCGGAUGCAGCGGCGUCGCUGUGGAGAUCGUGAAGAAUCUGGUUUUGCAAGGGCUGGGGGGAGUCACCUUGAUCGACUCGAAGCCAGCAAAGAUCCAGGACUUGGGCACCAACUUCUUUUUGUCGGAGGCUGACAUCGGGAAGCCUUUGGACACUCUGCUGGUCCCUAAAUUCCAGGAGCUCAACCCUUUUUGUGACAUCCGGACGGCCAGCGAGCUCAAUGCUGAGGUGGUGCAGCAGCACAGCGCGCUUCUCAUUUGCGAGAGCAUGCCGCUGCCCACGCUGCUCCAGUGGAACGAGUACUGCCGGAAUCAGCCAAAGCCUGUGGCAUUCCUCUACGUGCGCACGGGCGGUGUCUUCGGCAACGUCUUUGUGGACUUUGGGCCCUCGCACAUCCUCGCGGAUGCAAACGGGCAGGUGGCGUUCGUUGCAGCGGGGCCCUCGCCCAAACCUGUACUGGCAGGGAGCCACCUGCGCGCUCGGCCAGAGGCGCACGGGCGCGGGCUGGAGCGCUCUGGUCUGGAGCGCUGCACCGGCGUGGCGCUGGGAGGUGCUCUGCUCGCUUUGCGGCGCAAGCGGGGUCGCAGAACAUCCGCAAAGGCGUUCGGAAAGUUCAUCGGCAACGUUUUGCCGUGGCUGGAUGAGAAGCAGGGCUCUGGGUCAGAAGCCAGCGGCAAGACUUGGAAAGAGCUGAUUCAGCUGAAGGACCUUGGGUCCAGUUCUUUUGACAAGGCUCUUCAAGUGAACCUGGACUCCUCCAUCUAUGGCAGCUUCGCGGAAAUCGGCGCCGGCCAGGAGGUGUCCAGAACCUUCCUGACUGCGGGGGCAGCAGCUGGAACGGUUGCACGAUCCCUCUCAGCCUAUGACAUGCAGAUUUCGGAUGUGACUUAUGGCAAAGCAAAGCGAUACGUCACCAAGGAGCGGCUAGGGCAGAUGCUGAAGACAGAGUACGACACUCUGGAGGCCAGCAUCCGGGAAGAGAAGGGCCCACAGACUCGCUUCUUUGCAGUGGCCACCACCUUGGCCGCGAAGGCCUACAUGUCCAAUCGUGAAUGCGAGGGCUGGGUUGGCAUGACCUUCCAGCACCAGGCUGGUGCCCAGCCGAGCACCGUGCAGCUUCAUGUUCGCAUGGCCGACGAGACGGCGCAGCUGCAGGGCGAGGCCAUCGGCCGACUGGGUACAAAUCUGGUGUACCUGUGCAACUUCGCGAAGGACCCAGUCGUCAUCACUUCCUUCCUCCUUGACGGCAUCGAGGAGGGCCGCCUGGAAGUGGACUUCGUGGAGUUCACGGGGCCCGCCUUCCCCAAGGAGAAGAUGGACUAUCGCUUGCUGGCGAUGAAAAUGGUUGAGUUCAAAGUCGCUCCUUCCGUGCUCUUGGUCUAUGACGAACAGAAAGGAUCGUACGUCCACGCUGUGCCCAACAACUCCUUUUACAAGACUCCCGUGGUGGUGCAGAGGUCGCGCUUCAGACCGGUGACCUUCGCGCACCGCGAGGUGAUCGAGGCGGCGUCCAAAAAGCUCAGCCGAGAGCUGGGCUCGGACUCGCGGCCGGUGAUGCAGAUGUUGGACUUCCAGAUCGACGACAUCGUGCGGCCCAGCAACCUGCUGGGCACCGAGGGCCGUUUGCGGCGCACCCGCGCCGCGGUGCAGGCCGACCUCGACGGCGACGGCAUGCUCUCGCUGGCCGGCCUUGAAAAAGUUUUCGCGCAGAAGCUUCCGGCCGAUGAAGCGAAGCAGUUGGCAAAGGACGUGGAUUUGGACAACAAGGGCAAAGUGAUGGUGGACCAAGUGCUCGGUUGGACGGACAAAUCGGUGAACAACGCGGAGUUCCUCGACCGCUUCAGGAUGCUGGAGUCCCUGAAGCUGCCGGUGCUGGUGUCCGGUGUCGGGUCGGACGCCGAGCUCUCGGCGUAUUUGGCGAGAUACACCAACGCGCCGAUCGUCCUGGCGGCUGCGGACCCAGUGGGCGGAGGCAACUACGACAUUGCUCGUGGGAUCUUCAACUCGAAGAUCUACGACGACUACAACGGCGGCAUGUUGGAGGCUGAAGCAAUCCAAGAUUGGGUCUUGGGGCAGAAGCGAGAAGCGCCGUUGAGCCAGGCAUUUGGGAAGCUCUUCGCCGGCAAUGUGCGGAUAUACCAGUAUCCCAACAUCAGCGGGGAGGGGGAGGUGUCGAGCGAGGUGGAGAUCAACGGCACCACUGCAGACUUGCACAAGUACCUGGUGGGGGAGGGCAAGAUUGUCCCGGGCCCAGCAUCCGGCGGCACUUGGGUGGGUCUUUUGCGGACGCCCAAAAUGAGUAGUCGGGGGCCUUGCCCCGCAAAUAAAUUGCUUCAUACAUACCCCCCACCCUACAUUUUUUUUCAUCUUCCAUCUUCUACCCUUAUUUGUUUUCAUCAUUUUUCUACAUUCCUUUCUGUCCAUCUCAUCCGUUUUUUUUAUCAUCAUUUUUCCAAAAUUUUCGCCAUCCUUUUCUCCUUCCUCCUCGCCUCAUUCAUUUCACCAACUACCCUCCAAAAUGUCAUUUCCUCAAUCUCCUCGCCUCAUCCAUUUCAAAAAAAUAAAUUUUGCAAAAUAUAUUGCAAAAAAUAUUUGUCAUCAAAAAAAAAUCGAACUGUCUAA